AUGUCUCGCUCGACUGUCGCUUCAAUACUGGGUCUCACCUGUCUGCUCAUUGAGACGGUCGUGGGUUUGGCGGGCUGGUGGACUUGGUCGCCCGAUACUCUGACUCCUCACUUCGCCUACCAAGAUCCCGGAUCUGGAAACAUUCUUCACAGCUCCUGUACCAGCAAUGGCUCGGCUGCCUUUUCGACAGACAAACCAAACAAAUUCCCUGUCAAGGCCCAACCGAAGGCUGCGACGCCGCUUGCGAUCACGGGCUGGUGGGAUGAUGAUCUGAACACGCCUGUUGCCUCAAUCUUUUACCAAGGAACCGACGACUCGAUCAUCAAUGCGUUUUUCACAUGCGACAAUACAACCGGUAGCUACAAGCUCAAUCCCGACGGCAACGAUGUUGUAUCCGACUUGGCAGGCGUGCCAUCUGUACACGACAAGACUGGCUUAGCUGUGACAGAGCUGGGCGACUCGGGCGGUUACCGUCUCUACUACCACGACGAAGACGGGCUGGUCAAUUUGCUGGCGUACGACGACGAUACCGAUUGGCGAUAUGAUGGACCGGUGUCGCUCAAAAAUACUGGCGGUAUGGCUAUAGCUGCUCUGCAAACAAAGGGCACGAAUGUCUCGGUCGCUUAUCCAUACGAUACCAAGAACAUCGCUGUUGCUCGCUUUAACAAGGAGAAUAAGAACAAAUGGACACUAGAGUCGUUCCCGACACCCUUCGAUAGCCCUGCGCCGACGAAUAAGACCGAUCCUUCAGACAUCCGACUCGAUUCAUCGGCAGGCAGUUCCCUUACACUGGCCUCCAUUGACACCGCCGCUGUCAAUCUCGGUCUUUCGUCCACUACGAAACAACAAUUGUCGCUGUUCUACAUCGGCAAAGAUUCCGACCUGCACGUCAUAUCCCAGACAGACGGCGCUUGGGAAGAGGAGGAGAGCCCCGGGAAGAAACAGUGGCCGCACGCAGAUGACGAGUCAGGACGAGUGGCCGUGGUAUCUCCUCUCGAUACAGAUCAGGUCUGGGUGUACUAUACAAGCGGCGAAAAGGUUCUGGAGCUGCAUAAGAAUGGAAAGGGAACGUGGGAAAAUGCCAGGACUCCUGACUUGAAGAGCGCGACGAAUGCGAAACCCGAUUCGGGCGAAUCUGAUGGAAGCGGCGACUCAACAGACUCGGGUUCUAACGAAGAAGCAACAGAUGAUUCGCCCACGGGCAUCACAACAGGCGCCAAAGCCGGAAUUGGCGUUGGAGUAGGCGUCGGUGUAUUAGCCAUUGCUGCGGCUGGAUUCUUCUUCCUUCGCAGACGACGUCAACAAGCUGCUUCGGAAGAGGGCAAGAAUUCGGUAGGGGAACUGGCAUCGAGGAACAGCUACCACGAGUUAUCGACUGAAGUACACGAACCGCAAGAGAUGCCUUCAAACCAUGCACCGCAAAAGUACGAGUUGUUGGGCGACACAGGGCAUAGAGCUACAUAG